AUGUGUCCAGAUAUUUCGACUCUGAGCAUCGUGCCUGACGGAGCGAUUAAAGAUACACACAGCGCAAAGAAUGAUUCAGAUUCAUCUCAGUCGAUCCCGGCUCAUAGAUCGCACGAUCCAAAAAAUAACCUGAAGCGCAGAGAUCCUUUCAAAUUUGGCUCUCGCUACCUUGAAGAUGGUGAUGAUGUCUUUGAGUUCAAUGCCUGGGACCACGUUACACCAGAUGAUACUUACUACGCAUAUGCAGAAGCCCAGUACGCCGCUCAACGCGAGCAUCCAGUCUCUGAAUUUGACAGGAAUCGCUUCAACAUAGAUCCAGAGAAAUGGUGGAACAAAUUUUAUUCGAACAAUACGACUAAUUUCUUCAAAAAUCGAAAGUGGCUGUAUCAAGAAUUUCCAAUCCUGUGCGACCUGACUCAGAAAGAUGCCGGUCCUGUGAGAAUCCUAGAGGUCGGCGCAGGUGCAGGUAACACGGCCUUUCCUCUACUGCAGACCAAUGACAACCAAGAAUUGAGAAUUUAUGCUUGCGACUUCUCAAAGCAAGCUGUAGAGCUGAUCAGGGCUGACGAUGCCUUUGAUGCUGAAAGAAUUACUGCUGAGGUCUGGGAUGUUGCUGGACACGAUUUACCACCUGGACUCGAGGAGAAUAGUGUAGAUGUGGUCAUGUUGAUUUUUAUAUUCAGUGCGUUGAGCCCCGAUCAGUGGAAGCAAGCAGUCGAGAACGUCUUCAGAGUGUUAAAGCCUGGUGGCGAGAUCUGCUUCAGGGACUAUGGUAAAGGUGAUUUGACACAGGUCCGUUUCAAGAAAGGUAGGCUUUUGCAAGAAAACUUUUACAUUCGAGGUGAUGGUACGCGUGUGUAUUUUUUUGAGGAAGAAGAGCUUAGAACCAUAUGGGCCUCUCAUUUGUCAAAUGAAUCUGAUCUAGAAGCUGAAAGGCUACCUCCCGAAAACGGUAAGACUAGCAGUUCUUUAAAAGGUGGGAUAAUCGCCUCGAAGUCAAAGCUUGAAAUCCUGCAGCUGGGCGUUGACAGGAGGAUGCUAGUCAACCGACAAAAACAAUUGAAGAUGUAUCGGUGUUGGCUGCAAGGACGCUUCAGAAAAUCAUCUUCCGAACUACCUCCUGCAUAA